AUGGAUAAUCACCACCCAUAUGAAUCAAAUAGUGGGGAAAGCUCAGGUAUAGAAAUAAAAGAAGAAGUUACACCAGGAAUAUCCCUUGAUAAUGAUAAAAAUGAUAAUAGUAAUAAAAAAAAGGGAAUAGUAACAAAAAUUAAAGAUUAUUUUAUAAACUACUUUAAAAAAUGGAAAGGAUAUGAAAAAGCACCACCAAGACCUGAUUUAGAGGAGAUUGGAUGGAGUUGGUUGUCUUCUUUUAUUGGUAUAUUGGUUUUAGCAUUAAUUCAUUAUAGAGUAAUGAUAGAUAGAGAAAUGUUAAUGUUAAUUGGUUCCUUUGCAGCAUCAGCAGUAUUAAUAUUUGCAGCACCCAAAGCCCCACUAUCGCAACCACGUAAUUUGAUAUUUGGUCAUCUUUUUUCGUCUAUUAUCGGUAUGGCUAUAAGAGUGGCCCUUGUAUAUACCAAUGCUAAUUUUGAAGUUGCCUGUGCUUUAGCAGUCAGUUUAUCCAUUGCAUUCAUGCAAUUAACCACUACACUACAUCCACCUGGUGGUGCCACUGCAUUAAUUGGGGUUAUGUCUGCUGAACAACGUUGGAGAGGAUUCUAUUUCUGUUUAGUCCCUGUUACAAGCGGUGCUCUUAUAAUGUUAUUGACUGCUUUAAUUGUUAAUAAUUUUGCAAGAAAGAGAAGUUAUCCAGUAUUUUGGUAA